CACAAUGCUUUUUAGUUGAGAUGCCUGAAACUCCAUAUGUGGGUAUAAGCUCCUGGCGUCUUAUACCCACAUAGCAGGUUUGAGGCAUCUCAACUAAAAGACAACUACCCCUCCAGGUGGGCAGUGGGGUAUGGCUAGAACAGGGAAUGGAAAACAGGAAAUGAGGAUGGCUGUAGAUUCCAGCUGGAAAUGGGAGCUCUAGGAGUGAAGGCAGCACCUGGGCCACUGGGACUGCCAGGGCUGCUGUGUUCACCAUGCUCCCUAGAAAGUGGCCACUUCCAGCAUCUCAUCCCUCCUGGGGGCUCAUACCAUGUAGGCCCAAGGGGUAAUGGGUGUCAUUCCUCCAGCCCACCCAGAGACUGGACUGUGGAGGCCAUGCGGCUGGAGGGCUUGGUGGAAUUGCUUAGAAACACUUGAAUGUUGUAAAGAUAUUCUGCCUGGCCCCAAUUGCAGGGACAGAGCAAGGCUCACAAUGGGCAUUCUAGGAUGGGGAUAAUUUAUCAGGAUAGUGUGAGUUUGCAUAGCUAUUGAGAGAUGUGUAAAUGCAAAUCACAGCUACAUGAGGGCACAAAACAACUAGAGAAGCAGUGCUUCAUGCCACAUUUGAGGGGCCAGGCAAGCUCAUAAAUAAGAUUUAUAACUUCAGAAACAAGAAAAAAUGGACACACUGGGUGUAGAAUGAGGAGCAGGUCUCAGCAAGCAGUUCAGGAUUAUGAAGCAGGUUGAACAGUGUAGCCUAGUGGGUAAGAAUCAGAGCUGGGUUUGAAGCUGGGCUGGGCUGCUUGCCAGCUGAGCACCUGGGGCAAGUGACUUCAUUGCUUUAAGCCUCAGUUUCUGUUUCUUUAGUGGGGAUAAUAAGAUUUAGUUCAUAGGAUUGUUUUGAGGAUUAAAUGAGAUAAUAUUUGUAAAGUGCUUCAUAGGAUGGCUGGCCCCACAGUAAAUGUUCACUAAGUGCUUGUAAUUAUGAACAGUGGGAGGGUGUUGGGAGGCUGGUUUCAUGGGGUUCACAGUUUAGGGUGAGAACUGGCCCCGAGAGCCCCAAAGGACUCAGGGAAGCAGCCCUUUCUGCAGGGUUUGGCAGCUGACUCAGCACCACAUGUUUGCUUGAGACAUCUUACAGCUUUGGAAAAGAGUCUUUAUGCUGUGCACCUGGCUUCAGUAACAUCUUCUUAUCCAGUGCCCUUCCCUUAUUGCACCCUCUGGGGCCCACAGCCACCACCCAUGUUGACUCCCUCCCUUAGGUCUUCCUGAAGCAAGGGUGGCAGUUGCAAGGAAUGGGAGUCCAAGGUCUCUGGAUAGACAAGAAGCUCCUCUCAGUCAAGCCUUCUCCCCCAAGGUUUGCAAGCAAGUUAAAAAUCAAAAUCAAAAACCAAAAGAGGACAGCAGAAGAGCCUUGGGUCUAUUUCCUGGCGUUUUGGGGUGUGUGAUUGUGAUCAGUGUGCUUUCACUUUCUGAUUAGCAGGUGCCAGUUUCUUUUUGCCACGUUUCCCUUUUUCUGCUUCAAGGCAGGGACAAUGGAAUCAGAAUUCUUUUAAAAGACCAAUGAGGAGUUGAGGGGAUGGAGGGUCCCUCCCAACUAGGGAAUUCCUGACUAAAGUCAUCCACCAGCCUGUUUGUCUGGGCUGGGUCAUUGCUGGUAUCUAGAGAACACACCCUCUGAGCCUGGAGAUAGGGGGACCUCAUAGUGAAGACUCAAGGAGCAUCUUGAAGGCUGAGCCUAAGUCUUCCAGGUCCCCUCUUGCUGUUGGCUGCACAUCAUGAAGGCUACGAUGGGAAUGAAGGUGAAAACCUGGAGAUUUCACUUAAGUCAUUGCUUCUGCCUGCAAGAUCAUCCUUUAAAAGUAGAGAAGCUGCUCUGUGUGGUGGUUAACUCCAAGUGGCAGAACUCAUUCUAGAAGGAAAUGGAUGCAAGCAGCUCCAGGGGCCCCAAACGCAUGCUUCCUGUGGUCUAGCCCAGGAAGCCCUUCCGUGGGGGCCCCAACUUUCAGGGAUGCCACAGGCUGAUUCCUGAAUGAUGAUGGUUCGUCGGGGGCUGCUUGCGUGGAUUUCCCGGGUGGUGGUUUUGCUGGUGCUCCUCUGCUGCGCCAUCUCCGUCCUGUACAUGCUGGCCUGCACCCCAAAAGGUGACGAGGAGCAGCUGGCACUGCCCAGGGCCAACAGCCCCACGGGGAAGGAGGGGUACCAGGCCGUCCUGCAGGAGUGGGAGGAGCAGCACCGCAACUACGUGAGCAGCCUGAAGCGGCAGAUCGCACAGCUCAAGGAGGAGCUGCAGGAGAGGAGUGAGCAGCUCAGGAAUGGGCAGUACCAAGCCAGCGAUGCUGCUGGCCUGGGACUAGACAGGAGCCCUCCAGAGAAAACCCAGGCUGACCUCCUGGCCUUCCUGCACUCGCAGGUGGACAAGGCAGAGGUGCAUACCGGUGUGAAGCUGGCCACGGAGUAUGCAGCAGUGCCUUUUGAUAGCUUCACUCUGCAGAAAGUGUACCAGCUGGAGACUGGCCUUACCCGCCACCCUGAGGAGAAGCCCGUGAGGAAGGACAAGCGGGAUGAGUUGGUGGAAGCCAUUGAAUCGGCCUUGGAGACCCUGAACAAUCCUGCAGAGAACAGCCCCAAUCACCGUCCUUACACAGCCUCCGAUUUCAUAGAAGGGAUCUACCGAACAGAAAGGGACAAAGGCACGUUGUAUGAGCUCACCUUCAAAGGGGACCACAAACACGAAUUCAAGCGGCUCAUCUUGUUUCGACCAUUCGGACCCAUCAUGAAAGUGAAAAAAGAAAAGCUCAACAUGGCCAACAUGCUUAUCAAUGUUAUCGUGCCACUAGCAAAAAGGGUGGACAAGUUCCGGCAGUUCAUGCAGAAUUUCAGGGAAAUGUGCAUCGAGCAGGAUGGGAGAGUCCAUCUCACUGUUGUUUACUUUGGGAAAGAAGAAAUAAAUGAAGUUAAAGGAAUACUUGAAAACACUUCCAAAGCUGCCAACUUCAGGAACUUUACCUUCAUCCAGCUAAAUGGAGAGUUUUCUCGGGGAAAGGGACUUGAUGUUGGAGCCCGCUUCUGGAAGGGAAGCAAUGUGCUUCUCUUUUUCUGUGAUGUUGACAUCUACUUCACAUCUGAAUUCCUCAAUACGUGUAGGCUGAAUACACAGCCAGGGAAGAAGGUAUUUUAUCCAGUCCUUUUCAGUCAGUACAAUCCUGGCAUAAUAUAUGGCCACCAUGAUGCAGUCCCUCCCUUAGAACAGCAGCUGGUCAUAAAGAAGGAAACUGGAUUUUGGAGAGACUUUGGAUUUGGGAUGACGUGUCAGUAUCGGUCAGACUUCAUCAAUAUAGGUGGGUUUGAUCUGGACAUCAAAGGCUGGGGCGGAGAGGAUGUGCACCUUUACCGCAAGUAUCUUCACAGCAACCUCAUAGUGGUGCGGACACCCGUGCGAGGACUCUUCCACCUCUGGCAUGAGAAGCGCUGCAUGGAUGAGCUGACCCCAGAGCAGUACAAGAUGUGUAUGCAGUCCAAGGCUAUGAACGAGGCAUCCCACGGACAGUUGGGCAUGCUGGUAUUCAGGCACGAGAUAGAGGCGCACCUCCGCAAACAGAAACAGAAGACAAGUAGCAAAAAAACAUGAGCUCCCAGGGACGGAUCAGGGGAGACAUUUUUUUCUUUCCUUUUGCAAUUACCGAAAGUGGCUGCAACAAACAAAAGACUUCCAUAAAGGGUGACAAAAGAAUUGGACUGAUGUGUCAGAGAUGAGAGAGCCUCCAUUUUCUCUCUGUUUGGCUUUUUACAGCAGAAAUCAAAAUCUCCACUUUGCCUGCAAAAGUAGCCCAGUUGCACCCUGUGAAGUGUCUGACAAAGGCAGAAUGCUUGUGAGAUUAUAAGCCUGAUGGUGUGGAGGUUUUGAUGGUGUUUACAGCAAACUGAGACCUAUUGUUUUGUGUGCUCAUUGAAAUAUUCAUGAUUUAAGAGCAGUUUUGUAAAAAGUUCAUUAGCAUGAAAGGCAAGUGUAUUUCUCCUCCUGUGAAUGAUCCUAUCAGCAGGGCUUCAGUUUCUAGGAAUGCUAAAAUAUCAGAAACCAGGAGAGGAGAUAUGCUUAUUAUGAUCCUUUUGAGUACGUUAAGGAAAAUCAAAUGGACCAGAAAAGAAAUUGUAAAUAUCGUGUCGUGUUCCCCCAAGAUUAACCAAAAAUCAUCUGCUUAUCUUUUUGGUUGUCAUUUUAACUGUCUCCAUUUGUUUCUUUUAUUUAAAAAUGCACUUUGUUUUCGCUUGUGAGUUAUAGUCUGCUUAUUUAAUUACCACUUUGCAAGCCUUACAAGAGGGCACAAGUUAGCCUACGUUUUUAUAUUUUUUAAGAAGACACUUAUAGAUGCAUCAUGAGAUCUUAAAGUUCAAAGCAUCAGACUGAUUCCACAUCCAAGGACAUGCCAAAUGCUGAUUCUGUCAGGCACUGAAUGUCAGACCUUGAGUCAUAUGGAAGGAGUGGUUUGGCUACUGAUAGAGACAUAUAGACACUUUAUCUGAAGAGUAUUUUCGAAGAGGAGUGACUGAACACUGGAGGAAAAGAAAAUGACACUUUCUUCUUGACAGAAAAGGAAACUUAUUCAGACUGGUGAUACUGCAAUGUAUCUAAAAGUCAGAAAACACAUUUUCUCCUCAGAAGUGGGGACUACUUUCUUACCUGUUUAAAUAAACCAAAGCAUACCGAGUGAACCAAACAAUCUCUUUUCAAAGCAGGGUGCUUCUUCUGGCUUCCAUAGAAGAAAUGGAGAAAAAAAUAUAUAUAUAUUUUGUGAAAGAUCAAUCCAUCUGCCAGAAUCUAGUAGGAUGGAAGUUUUUGCUACAUGUUCAUCCACCCCAGGCCAGGUGGAAGUAACUUAAUUAUUUUUUAAAUUAAGCAGUUCUCGAUCACCAAGAUGCUUCUGAAAAUUGCAUUUUAUUACCAUUUCAAACUAUUUUUAAAAAAUAAAUACAGUUCACAUACAGUGGUUUCUAUAUUCACGUGAAAAUUAUUUAUUAGCCAGCACCAGAUGCAUGAGCUAAUUAUCUCUUUGAGUCCUUGCCUUCUGUUUGCCCACAGUAAACUCGUUGUUUAAAAGCUUCAAGAACAUUCAAGCUGUUGGUGUGUUAAAAAAAAAUGCAUUGUAUUGAUUUGUACUGGUAGUUUAUAAAAUUUAAUUAAAACACAGGUCACGGAUGGAAGGUGGUAUUGCACAGCUAAUAAAAUACGAUUUAUGCACAUGA